AUGUUGAGCGAAGCUGAAAUUCGCGCUUUGGAAGGCCAAAUCGGUACUGCCGUGCGCGACGACCAAAGGCAUCAUGAGAAUCUUCAAAAUCUACUGCAGCAAUUCCAGUCCUUGCUACAGAGUUACAAUGGUCUUAAGAGCGAUUACGAGGAAGAAAAAGAAAACCGAGAGAAGUGGAAAAAUCUAGCCAAAGGACAGGAACGUAACCCCUUCGUCCUGGUGCUGGUCGAUGGCGACGGAUAUCUGUUCAAGGAGCACCUGAUCAAGGCGGGCAGCGAAGGAGGCGUCACUGCCGCUCAACUCAUGAGCGAAUCCAUUAGAAGACUUUUGCAGGAACAACUCCCGGACCAGGCAAGUCAAUGCCGGGUAAUGGUGAAACUCUACUGUAAUCUCCUGGCCCUGUCGAAGACUCUGGCCCGUGCUGGGCUGGCGGGCUUCGAGGCACGUUCAUUGUCGUGGUUUGCUUCCAAUUUCACUCGCUCUCAGGAUCUGUUCGAUUUCGUCGACGCGGGCGAUAAGAAGGAGGGCGCGGACUUCAAGAUUAGAGGUUACCUCUCCCUGUUGACUCCUUAUAUUGGCAAACGCAAUCGGAUUACGCUUCUCAAAGCUGCCUCCUUUCAUCCAGAAUUCAAAACGCUGGAUUUGCCGAUCAGGGAGCUGCCAGAAGUGUUCAUGUCUGCUCCCCUGGGCGAACGUCAACCUCCAGCUUCUACUCCUUCUCCUACUGCAGCUUUUGCUCCGGCUCCCAGGGCACCAGUCUGCAAACAUUUUCAAAAAGGCAUCUGCAAAUAUGGCAAUAGUUGUACUAAGGACCAUACAAUGCCAGGUCAACAACUUUCUAGAACGCAGGAAGAUACGCCGUCACAGACUUUGUCAACGGUGCGGCACUACGCCAAGUAUCUUCCCUCCAUAGACUCGACAGCAGAGAAACUCAUCCCUGUCAAUAAGGACGGAGAUCGUAUCGAUACUUACUGCCCCAUGCCAUCUAAGGCAGCGUGGGAUACCUAUAACCGACGUAUCAAACAACAAAAACUAUGCAACAAAUUCCACCUUGGCGGUGACUGCAGUGAUCUUAGUUGCGAGUUCGACCACAGUACCAGUGAUGUCGACCCUGCCUGUCUCGCCGUCAUGAGAUACAUGAUGCGGCAGCGCCCGUGCCCCAGGGGUCCCAAAUGUCGCUCUCUAACGUGCUAUUUGGGCCAUAUGUGCCAGAAGGAAGGGUGCAAGUGCACAAAAUGGUCUAAGUUUGGCCGUGAUACCCACACUAUGGACAUUACCAUCGCUCAGUGGCUUGCGCCAGUCGAACAUGACGACCAAAGCGAAACAACACCUAGUGAGGCAAACUCGGGAGUGAAAUUGAUGGAGUUUGAAAGGCUUCCCGAUUCUUCGGGCGAGGGAGUUGAAAUCGGUCCUACUUGGAACAGCCACCUACUAUAA